GGACCGCCAGGGAAGUCCCAAGCCUCUAUUUUAUAUCAGGCAUUGUAAUUGAUAGCUAGAAGUAAAAAUAAGAACAGUAAUGAAAUUUGGCUUAAAGAAAAUUUAAGACUUUUUUUUAGAGCAGUUUUAAGUUCACAGCUAAAUUGAGGGGAAGACACAGAGAUUUCCCACAAACCCUCCACAUUCACAGCCUCCCCUAUUAUCAGCAGUAGACUUUCAGAGAGAGAGAAACCUAUCUUUUCUUCCUCAAUUCCCUGCUAACUCUAGAGGGAGGAAGAGAGAGGGAGUGGAAGGUGAUUCGACAAAACAGAAAGGAUGUGGAAAAAAAAGGCAAGUGUUAGUCAUUCGGGAAAAGGGAAACCCUUGUGUUAGUGUUUACAAGAAUCUCGAUGGUAUCUGCUGACCCAGAAGGAAGAAUCUUUUCCAUUUGUUGAAAAAUCCAGCCUGACCAUAUUGAGGUAGUACUCAGGGUCACCCACCCAGCUUCAUUUUGGGGCAUUCCAGCCUACGGUAGUUUCCCCUCCAUCAGUUAGCAUCUUCUUAUACAAUCACAAAGGUCCACAGAGUGAAAGUGGAGGAUAUGUGCUCUCAGUAAAAGUAGGAGUUAAUCAUCAGAUCCUUCUUCUAGGCCCCUACUGUCAAGAACAUGGACUUCAUCUCCAAGGACCUCUUGGAUUGGUGAGGGAGCUAAAUGUAGCUGUUUGGUGGAUACAUUUAUUUGUAACAAGUUCGGAGACUCACAGGUAGGGUGUGAGGAGGAAAGUGACAGGAGAAUGACACUGGAAAAUUAGUUUGGGAACCAUCUGUGAAGGGCCUUGUAGACCAACCCAAGGAACUUGACCUUUAACCUGGAGCAGAGGUGACAAACUUAAAAUCCCACAGAGACAAGGCAUGUCGAUGAGUGAAGCUGACCAGGUAACAGGGAGGGGUGAGGACUGUGGCAAAAUGGGGAUUCUUGCCUUGUCUCAAGGGUGCAGCUACUCUCAGCUUCAGCAAACUGUUACCAGGCAGGAAUGGUUGGCCCAGUGUGACCAGAUCUUCCAGUUUCCAAGAGAGGCUGGAAAUCCCGGUGUGUUUUUGUUUUGUUUUGUUUUGUUUAAUUAAAAAAUAUAUUUUUUUAUUUUUCUGCCAUGCUGUGUGGCACAUGAGAUCUUAGUUACCCGACCAGGGAUCGAACCCAGGCGCCUUGCAGCAGAACCGCAGUCUUAACCCCUGGACCUCCAGGGAAGUCCCUGGAAAUCCAGGUUUUUAUAUGACAGUCCUAGGUUUUUAAAACAUAUGGGUCAAGUCAAACUGGUUCUCAAACCAGAUACGGCUCACAGGCCACACAGCUAUCACCUUGGCAGACUGAAGGGUUUUAAGGGAAAAAAAAAAAGAUAUGAUCAUAUCUGUGCUUUAGAAAAAAAUCACACUGUAGAGUGAGAGAGGAAUUACAGAAAAUAGACUAGAAGCAAGGAGACUCAACUGUUUCAACAGGAGGGAGGUGACAAUGAUCCGUGCUAGGGUGGGGACAGAGGGGAAGGUUGUUGGGAUGACUUGGAGUCCAGGAUUCAGGGGGAAGAAUUUAGCUUUCACCAGCAUCUGGAAGAAGGCACAUUCCUCCUCUCAGUGCACGCCCUCCCCUCACCCUUUCCUAAACUGAAAGCUGAAAGGACAGACAGAUCAUCUCUAAAGCCAAAGGACAGGGAAGUUUAGCAAAGACUCUGGUCUUGGGAGCAGACUAAUUUUACUAAUGAUCGUUUUUGAGAUAAACUCCUUGACCAACUGCCCCAACUCUCAUUCUCCCCCACCAAUGGGCUCAGCACGUAAUUAAAAUUUAAAACUUAUAGGGACUUCCCUGGCCGUCCAGUGGUUAAUACUCAGCGCUUCCAACGCAGGGGGCACGGGUUUGAUCCCUGGCUGGGGAGCUGAGAUCCCACAUGCCGUGCAGCCAAAAAAGAAAACAAACAAAAAAACCAUACAGAUCAUGGCACUCUGCUCUUUGGAGCGGUGGAAUUUGGGAAGCUCAGAGCCAAAUCUUCUUUUGCUGACAGCAGAGGGAGGACCUGGCUCCCAAAGAGGCUGUUUCGUGAACACGGACGUGAGAGGUGGCUUCAGACCCAUUUCAUGGUCUUGGUGGUGGUACAACUGGUCACUUGGCUCCAAGGAAGAAUGCAAAGGGUAGGAAGGUGCAAGUGGGAGAGAGGAAUGGCGACUCACUUCAGAGAAUUUUUCUAACAGCCAGCAAGAGCUAUAUUAAGGAUUUUUUUCCUCCGCAGAUCCUUCUGAUUUUGAAGUCUGGCAUAGGAAGUGGCCCUGAGGAGAUGCAGAGCUAAGCCUCCCCUCCCUGGCACGGCCCGGGAGCGCCCCACAGGAUAAGGGAGAGGACGGCAGUCAGGCAAAGGUUAGGGAGGAAAGCGCAGGCAGAGACCCAGGACGGCUCCAGGAAAUGUUUGUGUUUCUCCACCGGGAGGGAGGACAAAUAAGCUGUUUUUUCACUCCUCCUGGGCAGCUUUGCUUAUUCUCCAGCUAAGAGAGAGGCUGAAAAUAAAAAUCAUUCUGGGACAGGACUCAACGACUCCUCUCCAGCACGAAUCUCCUCGGACCUGCCAGCUGCUUCCCAGAAACGACAACUGCGUGAAGUGACCCGCGUUUCCAAGCCCUGGGGUGCUACAUGCUUCAGCUCUCAGGGAGACAGGCAGCUUGUGACCCGGGCUCCAGAGAAAGGAACCCCUACCUCGAGUCUCCCAUUUCCUGGCCGAAGUUUCUGUUCUCCGUGGAGUGGCUGCAUCCAUGCCCACGUGUGGUACCUGUGUCCCAGGGUGAAGAAGUUGGAAACGCAGCAGCUGGAGCAUUCAGGUAAGCAUCUGUGUUUUGGGGGGAACUCCACAGCCCAACACACAGAACACUGGUCCUCUGUCCACCAUGGAAAACAGGUCGUGCUGCCUCAUCCAGUGGGACCCCAUCUCCCAGGUGAUGCCGCCGCUGCUGAUCCUGGCCUUUGUGCUGGGCGCCCUGGGCAACGGCAUCGCCCUGUGUGGUUUCUGCUUUCACAUGAAGACCUGGAAGCCGAGUACUAUUUACCUUUUCAACUUGGCUGUGGCCGACUUCCUUCUCAUGAUCUGCCUGCCCUUUCGGACUGACUACUACCGCAGACACAGGCAAUGGGUCUUUAAGGACAUCCCUUGUCGGGUGGCACUCUUCAUGCUGGCCACGAACAGGGCUGGGAGCAUCGUCUUCCUCACGGUGGUGGCUGUGGACAGGUAUUUUAAAGUGGUCCACCCCCACCAUACGGUGAAUGCCAUCUCCAACCAGACUGCAGUUGGCAUCAUCUGUGCCCUGUGGACCAUGGUCAUCUUGGGGACUCUGUAUCUUUUGACGGAGAACCAUCUGUGUGUGCAAGAGGAGAUCACAACUUGUGAAAGCUUCAUCAUGGAGUCGGCCAACGGCUGGCACGACGUCAUGUUCCAGCUGGAAUUCUUCCUGCCCCUCAGCAUCAUCUUGUUCUGCUCCUUCAAGAUCAUUUGGAGUCUGAAGCGGAGGCAGCACCUGGCCAGGCAGACUCGGAUGAAGAAGGCUACCCGGUUCAUCAUGGUGGUGGCGGUUGUGUUCAUCACCUGCUACCUGCCCAGCGUGUCAGCCAGACUGUAUUUCCUCUGGACAGUGCCUACCAGCGCCUGCGAUCCCUCUGUCCACGUAGCCCUCCACGUCACCCUCAGCUUCACCUACGUGAACAGCAUGCUGGACCCCCUGGUGUACUAUUUUUCAAGUCCCUCGUUCCCCAAAUUCUACUCCAAGCUCAAAAUCCACAGUUUGAGACCUAAGCGUCUAGGACACUCCCAGAGGCCAGAAGAGAUGUCCAUUUCAAACCUUUGUCGCAAGAGUUGCAUUGGUGUGGCAAAUAGCUUCCAAAGCCAAUCCGACGUGCAGUGAGAUCUCCAAAUGUGAUGGAUGGUACCAGAACAGACAGAUGGACAAAAUCAAGGAAGACCCAUGGGCGACUUAGAAAUAAUUCAUGCUGAGAGGUGGAGAGCUUUGAAAAUGCCAUUCUUUCUUAGCUGUAUCCUCCUCACUCUGUUAGAUACGAAAUUCAGAUCACUAUGUCUUUUUGGAAGGUUCCAGUUGAGAAGUGAGUCGGUUGCAUUUAUAUGAUUUGAUUCCAGUGACAGGGGCGUGUGUGUGUGUGUGUGUGUUUGUGUGUGUGUGUGUGUGUGUGUGUGUGUUGGGUGGUGGGUUGGGAAGAGUUUGGCUCCUGUGUAUUUUUAAAUGGCUGAGUUAAUAGGUACUAAUGUUUAAACCCAUCAUGUUCUCUCUCUGGGGGAGUUAGUGAAUUUAAUAGCCUAUCCUCUGACCUUAAAUUCUUACUUGUCUUGGAAAAUAGAAACUAGUGUAAGUCAAUAUUUUUAUUUCAGGCAGAGUGAGGCCCUUUAGACUGGGAAGUCUCGACCCCAAUGAUUUUCAUCUUCCUGGGGCUCCUCUGUACUUUUCUGACUUCUCAGGAACCCAAGAAAAAUGACAGCCAAACAAUCUGUUCCCACCUUCUUGGAGCUCCACGUUUAUCUGCAAGUCUUUGCAUUUCAAAGAAAGUACUGAAGGAUAUGUUUACCUGCCCUGAAUUUUCCAGUGGGAGCUGAGUGCUUGAAAAAAUCCCGUUAGCCUUUGGGAAGUGCUGAAUGUGGCGUAAUUGCUUUGGCUGCUUGUUAUGUGACUAUGAGUUUGAAUUAUUCAAUCACUCAUUUUCCACGUAUUUCCUGAAUUAAUAUUCUGUGCCAGGUACUGUGUUAAUGUCCCUUUUACCUGGACGGUCCUUAGUCAACUUGUGUGUGGCGGGGUGGGAGGCGUGUGUGUAGCAAGCAGACAGAAGUUAACGAAGUUCACCCUUUCAAUGAUUAUAGUUUCUAGACCUGUUCUCUGCAAACACCAGUGUUUUCCUCUUAUUGUAGGAUUCCAUACAAACAUGAAAGGGAGGAAAGGGUAGUAUCCCUUACACACAUGAAUUUCCCAAAUAUGUCCAUGGGACCCUCAAAAGUAGGUGAUUGUAUGAGUGACAUGCUGCCCCUGCCCUAGAUUAGGGGGAAAGAUUCCAAGCCAACCUUAGCUCCGUUCUCAAGCCACAAAGUGGUGAAAGUGUUCCCGGCUCCUUUAUUUACACUUUCUCCAAUUCCCAGGGGACUCUGCAGUUAAGGCCCUUACCAGUUUUUCAUCCUUUAGCUUUGAAACAUCCCACUAGGCUGUUCCUAUUAAUUCCUUCUUCAGGGGCACUGCACAGCCCAGGGAUGGGCUGUACAAAGCUUAAAUCACAGCUCAACUGCUUACAAUGUGUGACCUCGGGACAGAUUUUUUUUCCUUUGGCCGCACCACCGCGGCAUGCGGAAUCUUAGUUCUCUGACCGGAGAUCAAACCCGUGCCCCCUGCAGUGGAAGCUCGGAGACCUAACCACGGGACCACUAGGGAAUUCCCUGGGGGAAGAUUUUUACCUAACCACGUUUAGUUUCAAUUUCCUUAUCUGUCAAAUAGGGGUAACAAUAACGUUGACAUCAGGUCAUUGGGUGGAUUCACUGAAUGUAGGAUCCUGAAGCACAGGGACUUUGUUUACUAUCAUAUACCCAGAGCCUAGAGGCAUGCCUGCACACAGUAGGUGCUCAGUAAAUAUUUGAAUGAAUGAAUAAGUGCAUGUAAAACGUUAAGCGCAGUGUCUGGCAGUAAGUGCAUAAUAUUAUGAUGUAUUAUGUUAACGCACUCUACAUAUAAAGAAACUGAGGCACAGAAGCAAUUUCCCCCGGGGUUCAGAGCCCUGUAGGUAGCUGCUCUGUUGUGACUACUUGAGUUCUCUGGCUCCCUAGCUUCCAGGGGAGAAGUGAAAGCAAGGAUUCUUAUCAGCAUCAAAGAACCAUAUAUCCUCUUGAUAGAAAUCUGUGAAAACCCCACACUUCUGCUUUAAAUUCCAUUCUUAGUUCAUUCUUUCCUGGGCUGCCACCUUGUUGCUUCAUCUUAAUAAAAACAGAUUCCAAAAGAAAGUCCGCGUCCUGUGUGUGAUCCUGUGUUAAAAGAUUCAUGAGGGGCUAAAGACGCAGAUGUAAAGAAUGAACUUGAGGACGUGGGGAGGGGGAAGGGUAAGCUGGGACAAAGUGAGAGAG